CGGGAGUAUGCAUUAUUGCAUGUAUUGUGAAGCUCGCGGAGCAUUCGACGAUAUGGAUUUAAGAGGAUCAACUGUGAAGAUAUGAUCCUUUCCCGAAUCAUGAGUCAAAUUCCCAGAAGAAUCUUCAAACAUCAUUACUGACGACCGUUGGAUUAUUGAAACCUACUGUGCUACAAUCACCUAUAACAACACACAGAUCAGUCUACAUUGUGUCAUGAUGGGCCAUUUCAUUUGUGCAAGGAAUAGCAAAGUUUUCAAGAUUUUUUUAUAUUUUAUUUACUUUCAAGUGUUAAUACUGUUUGUAUUGUUUCUCAAAGGAUUAUACAGAAAUGGAUUACUUCAUAAGGUCACCUUCACUAAAAAGGCGAUGCAGACUGAGACAACUGAAUUAAUUAGAUAUUCAAGGAACACAACAGAACAUAUUCGAAAUUAUCAGGAUGUUAUGUAUCCGCAGAGUGAGAUAAAUAUGGACUGUACACAAAGAGAUAACGGCAGACUUCUUCCAUUCAGACCUGGAGAAUCCGGUCGUCUCGAACAGUGGUAUCAGUCAAUAGAUCAAUUCUUUUCCAUCACCAACACCCAACCUCUCGAUCUUCCUGAAGAUGAUGGACCUAAUUUGUAUAAAGAUUAUGAUCUGAAGAAGCCAAAAACUUUCACUCUGUCUGAUUACGGUAAUGAGGAAUUCACAUUCGAAAACGGAAAGCCUAAAUGCUUUAAAUCGGGCACAUCAAAGGUGCUUGGGAAGGGUUCUAACGUGACCUGUGUUUGUAGCUCAAGUUAUGCAGGGAAACAUUGUUCUGUGCCAAACAUCGUUAAGACUGCCUUGUCCAAAUUGUCUCACAGUUAUAUCAUCACCCCAAGAGAAAAGCCACGACGGAUUAUUCUGGUCAUGACAUUCAAUAUGGAGCACCAUCUUCUCAUGCUUAAGAUGCUACAAGUGCAUUCAGCCGUGGAUCUGUUUGUGAUACUGGAAUCCAACUAUACUGGACAUGGAGAUCCACGGCCGUUAAGGUUAUUACACAAUUUGAGAAGAGGAUACAUGAAGCGAUUCCACCACAAGAUAAUGCACGUCUAUCUUGACACCUUUCCAGCUGGUGGACGAGCUAAUGGUUGGAUUGUUGAAACCUACAUCCGUCAGCAACUUGCACCUGCUGUAGAGACUAGAGUCUCAGGGCUCAGAAAAGAUGAUUUAUUCGUAUUUAUUGACACUGAUGAAACACCAUCAGUGAACCUCCUGCACUUCCUCAAACUUCACAAUGGCUACCCUUUCCCUGUAGGAUUUGUUCUUCAAACUUUUAUGUUUGGAUUCUUUUGGUCAAGCAAAAUGCCGACAUCGGUUACAGCUGUGAGUAGUAUUCAGAUGCUAAGAGACGUCUAUAAAGGAAGUAGUGAUGCAAUUCGUGGAAGUAAAGGAGUGAUACGACAGCUCCAGAAAGGAAGUCACCCCUGGGGUAUGUUUGAAACCUGGCUGAUCGGAUCACCUGACAACUAUGCUGGAUGGCAUGCAUCAUGGUUCUCCUCGCCAAGGGAGGUAAUCACGAAGCUGAAUUCUGCUAUUAAUGCUGACUUUCCCCGAUGGGGAGACUACCCAGAGAAAUGCACAUUUGCAUAUGUUGCUACUCUGUUUCGAAAGGGGGAAUAUUUUGAUGGAAAGGUCAAAUAUGAUCCAAUUUGUUUUGACGACAUUUAUGUAUUGAAGGACAUUUCUUAUCUGUUCAAGUAUAAAAGAUACUUCAAUUUUAUGUUACAAAAUCCAACAGCUAAAGGCGUGAUAGUUUAAUGUUUCCAUCAUUUUAUCGAAGUCAAAACAUUUCGUUAUCCAUCAGGUGAAUGAUGGGAUAGAUAGCACCACACAUUGUAUAGAAUGUUAACAACAUUAAACCACAAAAUAUAAGCGUUUACAUUGUAAUGUGACAGUUUUAAUCCUCUUAGAACACGACUGAAUUUGUGUUGCAUUGUUCUGUUUAGAUUCAGUAGAGGGCAGAGUUGUGCUGGUUGAGUGAGUGAGUGAGUUUUGUCUUUACGCCGCUUUCAGCAAUAGUCCAUCAAUAUCAAAAUGGAGAACACCAGAAAUGGGUUUCACCAAUUGCACACAUGCGGGGAAUCGUGUGCUGGUAUUAAUUGACAUAUUUAGCCUGCACGACAAGACUGGUCU